AUGGCGUACAAGAGCAAUAAGAUGGUGAAAUCCAUGCGUAUGAUGCUACUACUGGUAUGCCUGAUCAGCAUUAUGCCGCAUGUCACAGCUAGACCGUCGUCCGGGCGGCAUAGCAAACAUUUAAGGCUUGUUGAUCAACUCUUGCGCAGUAACACGGAUGCUGUUCGGCCGCACCACAGCCAGAACCAUCAACAUCGGCGAAGAUCUGUAGAAUAUGAGGAUUACUAUGAUGCGGACUACAAACGUGUGCAGCAAUGCUACGAAGAUGAGGACAUAAACGAGCUUUGCCAGCGUUGCUCCAAAGUGACGAAAUCGUCGAUAGUGUUCCCUAUGUGCUGUAGUAACGAGGACGAUACAAUGAAAUGGUGCAAGGCGUAUGUUUACUACGGCAUACAGACGUAA